AGAUACCUGUGCCUCGCAGACUGUGGGCACCACACCCCAAGUUUCUGUGUCCCCACAGAGUCCCCCUGUUUCCCAUCCCACUCGCCUCCAGGCGCGUCCUUCCGAGUACUCGGACCCUCUCCUCGCAGGGGUCUGCCCGGGUCUCAGCUCCCUCACCCCCGCAGCAGGGGCCGGAGCGGCGGCUCGCAAGGGGUUAACCUUGUGAGCACCGACACGUUGAGGGGGAGUAGCCAAGACCAAGCAGCAAAAACAUCAUAGCACAUUCCUGGGUAGUCCUCAGCUGCCAGCAUCUGAUUAAAACCAUAUCUCUCGCUGUGAGUGGCUAACUAAUCUGAAGGCGAGGGUACAACUGCAUAUUAAACCGGGCCCCCGGUCCCAGCCAGGCUACCGGCUGCAGUCACCGGAUCAUGCACAGAGCGGCACGGAUCUAGCCUCAAGCAUAGCUGACCACCAUCUCAUCAUGUCUACUGAAGCUGAAACUACUACCAUCAACAGCCAGCCAGAGCAACAGGCUCCACCAAAAGCACAACCUUCAAAGAAGGAAAAAAAGAAAGGGCCAGAAAAGACAGAUGAAUCUCUCUUGGCUAGAUUCAAAGGUGAUGGUGUAAGAUACAAAGCUAAGCUGAUUGGCAUCGAUGAUGUCCCAGAGGCAAGAGGAGACAAAAUGAGUCAAGAUUCAAUGAUGAAGCUGAAGGGAAUGGCAGUGGCAGCCCGUGCCCAGGGUCAACACAAACAGAAGAUCUGGGUGAACAUCUCCCUCUCUGGUAUCAAGAUAAUAGAUGAGAAAACUGGGGUCAUAGAGCAUGAGCAUCCAGUAAACAAAAUCUCCUUUAUUGCUCGGGAUGUAACAGACAAUCGUGCAUUUGGCUAUAUUUGUGGAGGAGAAGGCCAGCAUCAAUUUUUUGCCAUAAAAACAGCACAACAGGCUGAGCCUCUAGUUGUUGAUCUGAAGGACCUCUUCCAAUUAAUAUAUAAUAUGAAGAAGAAGGAAGAAGAUGACAAGAAAAAGAGUGAAGAAGCAACUAAGGUUGAGGGAGCUGACCAGAUGGACUUGUUUGGGGAUAUGUCAACACCUCCUGAUAUGAGCAGUACUACAGAAGCUAAAGAGAUUCUGUUAGUGGAUCUAAAUUCUGAAAUUGAGACCAAACAGAAUUUUACAAAAGAGGAUCUCUUCUUGAAUGGCAUCACAACCUCUCUUCCACAACCAAAGCCACAGCCACCCUUCUUGCCUGAGACUUCUUUCUCUACCAAUCUCAGCUUCUUUCCCACACCUAAUCCAGAUCCUUUCAGUGAUGAUCCUUUCACACAACCAGACCAAUCUGCACCACCAACAUUUGAUUCUCUAAAAUCUGCUGAUCAGAAGAAGGAAAGUCUUACUACCUUGACAUCGGCUGGUAAUGGUGCUUCAAAUGGUGAUAUUGACUACUUUGGCAAACAGUUUGACCAGAUUUCUAACAGAACUGGCAAACGAGAAGCACUAUCAAGCCAAUGGCCACCUGAGAGUAAGUUGCCUGCAACAACCACUCCAAAUGGGGUACCAGAAAGAGAACAGAAUGGCUUUCCUAAAGCCACAUCAAACCUAUUCAUGGAAGGUCCAUCCAAAGGAGUAUCUCUGCAGAAUGGAGUAAAGCUGGAUUCUGAAAGCAAUAUCCAGCUCAUGUCACAUGAGUCUAUAACAAUUAACCCACCACCACAAAGUACCAAGCCAGGAAGAGGAAGGAGGUCUGUCAAGACUUCAUCAAAUGACUUAUUUAGCACAAACUUCUUUGUGCCAAUUACAGAGAACCUUAGUUUGACCUCAGUGGCACAAACAGGACCUGUGCUAACUAGUUCACUGGACCUCUUCAAAACAAGUUCUACCACAGCAUCUCCAUUGGCUGGUCUAGGUGGCUUGCCAGUAACUUCAUCAUCGUGGAAUACACAGACACCUGCCUUCACUCAGGCUGCAUCUGUCUUUCCUGGGUCUAUGAUGCCUGCUCAGCCUACAGGAUUUACUCAACCACUUGCCUUUGGUACCCAAGCAGUGCCAAGCUGGAGCCAGACCACAUCUUUUGGCCCAACAGCCCCUCAGUCCUCUGGUCUCUGGGCACAGGGAACACAAGUUCCAUCUAGUUCAUGGGCACAGCCAUCCAGUGCUGUAAAUCCCUUCCAGAGUAGUGUGUUCCCACCUUCAACACUUCCUGCUCAGACACCAUCUGUACUUCCCUCCUUGUCAACAACAACUAGCCCACCUCAGCCACCACCGAGAACUGCACCUCAGAAGGAACUAUCCAAGAAAGAGAGUGAUGCUUUUAUUGCUCUUGACCCUCUUGGUGAUAAAGAGAUGAAAGACGUCAAGGAAAUGUUCAAAGACUUCCAGCUGACAAAGCCGCCUGCAGUACCAGCAAGAAGAGGAGAGCAGCAAAGCCUUUCAGAACCACCAAAGUCUGUUCCCCGACAAAGUGUGCUGCCAGCUGAUGGCCUAUUUGAAAGUCAAGCUAAAACAGACCCCUUCAGUGCCUCAUCUAACAAAUUUCAGAAACCACCUUCUGGUCCUUUUGGUGAUCCUUUUGGCAACCCAUUUGCAUAGAUCAGGCAUAACCAGAAAAGAACAAAUGGAACAACUGGACCUCUUCUCAACAUGAUUUUUCUACUUGUUUCACUUUUGCUGUCUGCCACUCUUGCUGCUGUUCCAUGAUGUCUGUAAUCUAAAGUAUGUCCAGGUGGAUUGAAACACCAACCCUCAAAGAACAUGCUGUGAAGAUAAUUCAGGGCAAAGCAAAUGGAGAGUUGGACUCAUGCUGAAGACCCAAAUUCAAGUUGGUGGAUGCUAACUUUACUUUAGUUAUUUGCAAUAUUUCACAGAAGAGCUUAGCAACACUAAGUCAUGUGUCUUGUAAAUAUGGUCACCACAAUUUCUCAUUUCUGUAGCACUUACUGUCCUAAAAUAUAGGAACUGAAUGUACCUGGGGAUAAAGUGUUGCUUUCAUAAAAGGGGAUAGAAUUAGUAGCCGAAGCUAUACUUUAAACAACUAGGUCAGUUGCCUGUUAUAACAGCAGCCAGUUGUAAAGUUAAGUGGAAGCUACUCUUCUUAUUGGUGACUUGAUAUGACUUGGUCUCUGAGCCAGAAAGCUGUAAACUAUAUGCUAGGGAAAAAAUAUUCCAGUACUUGUCUAUUUAGCUAAUGGUAAAAGUAGCAUUCUGCCAUAAAUGUUUAAUAAAGGGACUAACUGUGGAGUCUGUAAACAGAACUGCUGGGGUCCUGAGUACUAGAAGUCUACACUGUAGGGUCAGAUAAGCUGAAACACUUCUUGCAGAACAUUGAGGUAGUCAUGGACACUAACUGUUGUCUUGGUGCUAAUAUGGCUUUUUUCAGAGAGGGAAAUCUACUAGGAUUACUUUUUUAUUAAGGGGGCUUGGCAGACAAAUGGAACAAGCAGAUGGGCUUCUUGCAUAUAUCUUGGUGAAUAUCCUUGAUGUUGCUCAGUUUGAGUUGUCACAUGGUGUAGCAUGGCAUGUUUUCACUAUGUUAGAAAGCAAAAAAAAAAAAAAAAAAAUUCAUGGCUUCACUACAUGCCUAGAUUCCUUGUGAACAGGUGUAUUGCCUCUGUGCCAUUAAUGUGAGGUUGUUCUCUAUCUCUUCAAAACUGUGCCUUUUCUAAAGAACCUCCUUACUAACAGAUCUCUAGAUCAGUUGGUUAUAACUGACUGUAAGAGCUACAUUCCUGGCCAGUGGUGAUGGCUGAUGUGUCAGAGGUUUUUCUGUUAAUGCCAAGUAUAAACUUGAAAUAGUAUUGUUAAAUCAAAUGCCUAAGCCAUUACUUAACUGAAGAGCUAAGAAAGUCAACUUGAAUACAGCCUUAGUACCCAGUUCAGCCAGUCAUGCAGUUAGUCUUGUGUAUAAACCUCUCUUGCACUUUCUGUAAUGCAAAAAAAGCUAUGAAUUUAAGUAUUUGUCUCAAACUGGAAAUGUAGAAACUUAUGGAUGUUACACUGUUAUAUAAAACUGUAGUAUCUCAAGUAAUGUUACCUAAUGACAUUAAAAAAAGCAACUCUUCAUACCAAACAAA